AUGCACAUCGCUACCACCUUCCUCAUCACCCUAGGCGCCCUCGCCUCCCUCACCUUGGCCGGAGAAGGCGGUGCGCCGGACCCUAACUGUGGCGCUCCAUUCUGUAAGCGCGCACAGGCUAUGGAGAAUAUCAGGGCGUCGUUGCUGGCCAAGGCUAGCGCUACUGCUACUGUUGUUCCUACUAUUCCUGCGGCUAGUGCUGGCGCGGAUGCGCAUGCUGAGGCGAAGUAG